AUGGCUGCGGUUGUGGCUCUUGGCGGAAUGCGAGGCGGACGACCGCGCAUGGUGAGGAAUCAUGAGAAGAAGCGAUUAGUCACUCAGUCGGUCGUGAAGGUCAAGAAUCUAGACGAGAGAGAUGCAUUUGGGGUCAAGGCGGUUGUAGCUGGGUUGCUUGCAUUGGUUCUGUUUGUUGGCGUGAGUGUGAAUGUGCUGCACAAGCAGCAGCGUAGGUUGGAGAUGCAGCAGAUGCUCUACAACCAGUGGGGCAUCCAUGACCACAACGAGCAUUGGGGUGGAGUCGGCAGUGAGAAUUAUCACACGGCCAAGUGGGACAACACGGGAUCGAACCAAGACUAUCACCCUCGAGACGGGACCAGCGCCACCGCCGACGCCAUGGAGCCGAAAUGGUGGAGGCCAGGACCAGGAGCGAACUCGGAGUACACCGGGCAUGACAUGGAUGGCGAGCUGUUCAACCCCCCCGACGAGAAGAUCUUCAAGCCCUUCUACAUGAAGUCUGUCGGCAAGGCCUCUACCCAGCAGCUCUUCGACGUUGAUGGCCCGUCCCCGAGGGAUCCCCCCAGGUCCUCCUGGGCUCGUGCUGGCAAGGGAACCACCAGCUGGAUGCUGAAACACGAGGGUCCUCUGCUGGCCUCCUCGCAAGAGAAACAUGAGAGCCCUCAUCCUCUCAAGGAUGUCACCGCCAUGCAAGUUCAGGUGGGUCCUUGCCUCCCCUGCGCUCUUUGA